AUGUCUUUGACCGUGGAAGCUAUUAACGAUUUGGUGGUUCGGAUCACAACCGAGAUAGUUUCACGUAUGCAAACCGAAAUGCAAAGUCAAAUUAAUCACGUGGCCUCUCAGUUAAGUACGACUGUAGAAGCAACUAAUUCGACAUUAAAUUCUCGAAUUAGCGACCUUUCCACUCGAGUCGAAACUGCAUUUCCCUCGGUUUCGAUAGAAAAAUAUGAGGAUAUAGAAAUCAAUGAUGGUAUUCAAUGUGAUAUUUCGCUUGAAGUUGUUAAAUCCGUUCCCGAAUUUUCAGGAAUUAUGGAAAAAUACCCUUCCUGGUGGCAAUCUGCCAAAGCUGCUAUAAAGCCGUUUGAAAGAUUUUCCAACUCUAACCGUCAUUAUCAAGCUGUAGCAAUUAUUAGAAAUAAAAUCACUGGAGCAGCUGACACGGUUCUGUCUUCAUUCAGCACUCCAUUAAACUUCGAGGCGAUUCUGUCUAGGUUAGACCAUACUUAUUCGGAUAAAAGAUCACUUCGUCUCUUAGAGCAACAACUGUCUACAUUACGACAGGCUAGAAUGUCUAUUGAUCAGUAUUAUGAUACUGUCGAGAAACAACUUACGCUUAUUACCAAUAAAGCAAUAAUGCAAUAUUCCGGAGACGUAGAUUCAUUAAAGUUACACAAUAACAAAUAUAGAGGCGACGCGCUUCGCGUGUUUAUAUCAGGGUUAAAUCGUCCGUUAAGUAACGUCCUAUUCUCAAGCAGGCCUGUGGAUUUACCUACUGCUUUAGCUCUAGCCCACGAACUUCAAAUGAAUCAAGAACGAUCAGCUUUUGCAAAUGCAUUCGCGGAAAGAAAAACUCAUAACACGAUACCUGAAGUGGAUCCAUCAACAUCUCGUUUUCGCAAUAGCGCAAAAUUUCAAAAUAUGGGAAACAGAAACUCUUCUUUUAGACAAGAAGCGAUUCCUGCACUUAGUUAUGCCAAUAACAUCCCUCAUGGGAAUCAGAGACUUCAAUAUACUCAGCAAAAUAUAAAUCAGCGGCGUAAUAGAUAUAAUAACAAUACACAGCGUCUUAAUUACACAAAUGUACAAAACGCUGAACGCAUGUGCAAUCGAAAUCAGGCAAAUUUUCAAGAAAGGGAUGUGUAUCAAACCGAAAAUGAAUCUGACCACUACUCAUAUACAGGUGAUCAGCUCAACCUUUUAAGCAUUAGUUCCCGCUUACCGUUCAUAGAAAAAACGGCAGGCAAUGGUCAAAAGUUAAAAAUACUGAUAGAUACUGGAGCGGCUAAAAAUUAUAUAAAGGAUUUUCCGUUUCUAAAAACGGUCGAGGCCGUUAAGAAACCUUUUUACGUUUCAUCCAUUAAUGGUUCUACAUAUGUAUCAAAAAAAUGCACAAUACGAAUCUUAGGCAAGGAAACAACUUUCUUUAUAUUAUCAAACCUCAAUGAUUUCGAUGGAAUUAUAGGCUAUGAUUUUCUAAAAGAAAUCGGUGCCUCUGUAGAGACAAGUUCCAAUGAAAUAAAAUACAAAGGAGGCGUUGAACCCCUUCGUUUUAUGGAAUGUGCUCAAGUUAAUAGGUUGGAGGACACAUAUAAGAAUAUCCCUGAAGAAGUCUGUUCUGAUUUCAAAGCUGUUGUAAACCGUAACUCUGAAGUUUUUGCCGACCCAAAUGAAGCCUUACCCUACAAUACAUCAGUUGUGGCUACAAUUCGAACCACGACGAAUGAGCCCGUUUAUUCUCGAAGCUAUCCUUAUCAAAUGUCAGCCAAAGACUUUGUCGAUAAAGAGGUUCAAUCUAUACUUCACUCUGGUAUUAUCCGUAAAAGUAGGUCACCGUACAAUAACCCAAUCUGGGUCGUCGAUAAAAAAGGAAUGGAUGAAUCAGACAGAGAGAAAACAGCAUUCUCUGUGAAUAAUGGCAAAUACGAAUUCUGUCGCUUGUCUUUCGGUCUUAAGAAUGCCCCUGCAAUUUUUCAACGAGCAAUUGACGAUAUUUUACGGGAUGACAUAGGCAUUCGUUGCCAUGUGUAUAUCGAUGAUGUCAUAAUCUUUUCUAAGGAGGCAAAAAAUCACACAAAAGAUAUUGAAAUUAUUUUUAAAAAAUUACUUAACGCGAACAUGAGAAUAGCACUGGAAAAGUCGACUGUUUUCAAAACAAGUACAGAAUUUCUUGGAUUCACUGUGUCUGAAAAAGGUUUGAAGACAUCUGAAGACAAAGUCCGGACGAUUUUAGAAUAUAAAGAGCCAACGACCCUUCGUUCCUUGAGGGCAUUUUUAGGCUUAUCUGGAUAUUAUAGACGCUUCAUAAAGAAUUAUGCAGCAAUCGCAAAACCACUAACGCAAUUAUUACGUGGCGAAAAUGGUAAUAUUGGAACAAAUCAAUCUAAGAACAAGGAAAUAACUUUAUCCGUAGCCGCCAAGGACGCUUUUAAUAGGCUGAGAAAGAUCCUGGCAUCUGAAGAUGUGACUCUUCUUUUUCCAGAUUUUUCUAAACCUUUUGAGCUCACUACAGACGCAUCUUCUGUUGCUAUAGGAGCUGUACUAUCGCAAAAUGGGAAGCCCAUCACUUUCUUAUCGCGUACCCUUACGCCUACAGAAGAAAACUAUGCGACAAAUGAGCGAGAAAUGCUGGCCAUACGUUGGAGAAGCUUUAUUCAAGAAUUUGCUCCAAAAUUCCACUAUAAACCGGGCAGUAGUAAUGUAGUAGCCGACGCGCUGUCGCGCCAACACAUCCAGCACCUAGGUGAGAGUGAAAUUACGCAUGAAGCAUGUACGAAUAGUCAAGUAUCAUUAACACAGCAUAUUCGAACGGCAUCCCAACCAAUAAAUGGCUUCAAGAAUCAGAUUUUUCUAUCGUUUGCAAAGUCAACCGAGAAGGAUUCCGCAACACCAUUUCCGGGUUAUCAUCGACAUAAUAUUCGAUUUAAAGAUAUUCAUUCAUUACAUUUGGAGGUACUGGGAAAAAUUCAAAGCGAACUGAUUAUGCUUUUCCCGGCAGUACGUUUCAAGCAUACUACCAAGUUUGUAAUAGAUCUUCCCAAUAGAGACGAUCAGCUCGAAACUAUUGCUAAAGAACACGAAAGAGCCCAUCGCUCAGCAGCUGAGAACUACCAACAAAUUCUUGACAAUUAUUUUUUUCCGGAACUAAGGCAAAAGACUAAGGCCUUUGUCGAAAAUUGCAGAAUCUGCACACAAGCGAAAUAUGUUCGACAUCCAAAGAAACAAAUUCAGAAUUCUACCCCAAUACCUAGUUACCCAGGAGAAAUCCUGCAUAUGGAUAUAUAUAGUACAAAUAAUAUUCAUUUCUUAACAUGCAUUGACAAAUUCUCCAAAUUUGCCAUUGUAGAACCAAUACCCUCCCGUUGUAUAGCAGACGUAAAAAAUAGUAUACUUAAAACUAUUGGAUUUUUCAAAAACCCGAGAAUAUUGGUCACUGAUAAUGAACCAUCAUUUUGCUCAAAAACUAUUAGAGCUCUUAUUCAAAACCAAUUUUGUAUGUCUCAUCAUACAGUAUCAGCUAUGCAUAGCGAAAGUAACGGGCAGGUUGAGAGAUUUCACUCAACGCUUAGUGAAAUUUCAAGAACUCUGAACAUCGAAGGAGGAUUUAGGAACCACCGUCCUUGUAGAUGGAAAACAGAUUCACAAAGACAAUAUACGAUAAUAUUUCUUACGAGGACUAGCGCAAGACUCCUCGAUUACACACACGCCAUGUAUAUUCCGUUCCAAAAGGGUAAUGUAGCCAUUCACGAUGACUAUACUUACCUAAUGCACACUAUCAACUUGACCGAAUUCGAAAUAAUAGCAGCCGAUAUCAACAAUCUUGAGAAAUUAUUCCAUAACCAGGAGGAGAAGGCAUCUCUUGAAGCGGAUUUCAAUGAAAUGAACAAGUUGCUUAACUCUUUACGCUUCCAUAGAAUAAAAAGAUCAAUAAACUUUAUAGGUUCCGCUUUAAAAUUUGUCGCAGGAACUCCUGACCAUAGCGAUUUCGUGUUAAUAAACGAACGACAAUCAAGGUUGAUCGCAGCCGAAAACCAACAGAUCGAAAUUAAUAGCGAAUUCAUGAAGAAAAUAAACGAACUUACAACACAAAUUAAUGUGUUACAUCGCAAUUAUUAUUCUCAAAGCAAUGACUCUAUUGGGCCCAAUCUAUUUCAACUCAUAUCCGUAAGAAAUCAAGGAGCUAUCAGCAUUAUAAGUAUUAAUGAGAUAUUGUUAGCCUCAAGUGUAACAGUUUAUUCUGAUCGUAGUUUAUUAAAAUUUCUUGUUAAAAUACCUAAAAUUAAGGAAAUUUGCCCACUAGUUAGAAUUUUUCCUGUGGUCCAUGAAAAUAUUAUGUUAAAUUUAAAUAAUAGUCACAUCGGUAUGUGUAAAUCGGGCAAUAAACCGUUGCAUUUAUGCAAAGAAUCGACAGGAAUACCAUUUUGCCAAGAGGAUGUACGCGAUCACUGUUUGCGUCAAAUUUUUAACAACGACACGGCGACAUGCGGAACAUCAACUGCACAUCACAUACCGCCAGUGAUGCAGAUCGACGAAAACACCCUGCUUAUUAAGGACGGGGAAACAAUAGUCAACGAAAAUGGUCAAGACGUAAACGUAAACGGAACCUGUCUCGUGAUUCACUCCAACGACGUCUUUAUUAACGGAACCUUGUACCCGACAUCAAUAAAAAAAUCAUGGAUUGAACCAUUAACGGCCAGCAUCUUUAAAUUAAAGGUCCACAUACAAAAUUUGGAGAAAAUAAGCCAGAAGACCGAACAUGUCAAUUUGCAACAAGCAUCCUAUUUGUUCAGCGGCGCUAUUUUAUUAGGCAUCUUUGUCAUCACUGCGACUUUCUACUACAAACACCGUAGGCAACAAAUGGUCAACAACGAACAAGUCGACGAAUCCAAUAUGGCACCAAGGGUUCAAUUCAUUUUGAAACAGAUUGAAAAUAAUUUGAUGCAGAUCCGGGACGUCUCUGUUUAA